GUCUUUCACCAAAAUUUAACGAGGAAACGAAGUCGCGCGUUUUGUUACGACUUUACUUUUAGACGGAGGACGAGAAGAACAAGCGGCAAUAUGAAAGAGAGACACAACUCAGGAAUGGGUGGCACAAUCAAAUAUCCAAAAGCUUUUCUAGGAAUCAUUUGGGGUCUUUUUUUACUAUCUUCCUAUCAAGUCAUUGCUAAAUCUCGUGUUCCCAUCUCUGACUCAGAGAUUCGACUGAAGAAAAACGAGUGCUAUGCGGACAUUGAGAGUGGAUUGUGGGGUCAACAAUGCAAGUCAUCAGUGAUAGCCGAGGAGAAUUGUGCUUUGCAAUGCUUGUCUCCAGUCUGUUAUGAGCUCAUCUAUGAGAGUGAUCCGUUGGAAGAAGGGGAAAAAGAUUAUGUGAGGAGUUCGGAGUACAAGUACUGUAUGCACAGGGUAUCUCUUGGAGAGAGUCUAGAUAAUAUCAAAGGUUCCUUCGACUUCUAACUACAAAUUGACAGUAAUCAUGCGGCUGGAAAUUUGGUUUACCAGGAAAGCUGAUCCAAUAAUGAGUGGGGAUUGCCGAAAAAGGCAGAAUCAAGAUAUGUUGUAUAUUUGCAUGUUGUAUGGUACAGCUAAGAACUUGUGAUAUUUUGGUAUGAUCUUCUAGAAAAUGCGAAUAAGAUAGUAAAUGUACGACUUACAAUUUGAAAGUGUCCCAUAAAUCGUACUGGAAUAUUUAUCAUUUCCCCUGAAGGCAGAGAUGCCUAGAAUCGCGAUAAAUUUCCACUUGAGA